GUUGGGAGCGGCAACGCGGUCAUCUCACCCCGCCUGCCCACCGACGGCAAGUGUCCGGGUUCCGGAAGCCGAGACACUGACCGACCGAUCGCUGAGUUUUGAGACAAGACAAAAAUGAAUGGACAUCUCUCGAACUACCACCAAGAAGGAUUCGGAUCCUACUCUUCUCCAGUGAAUGGCUAUGCUUCUCAAACAGUGACCCAACCAGCGAUGGAUAAUACUUCUUCAAAGACAAGUGGAAAAGCCUUGUAUGGAGCUGAUGGACUAUACUUCUUACGUUCUUCAAAACAUAAAAAAAAAGAACAAAGAAAGAAUUAUGCAAAGUCAACUGUUAUAAUGUCAGAGACCUCGCAAUAUCGCGUUGAGCACCUCGCAACUUUUGUUGUGGAUCGGAAGGAUGCCAUGAUUACAGUAGAUGAUGGUAUAAGAAAACUAAAACUGCUUGAUGCAAAAGGCAAGGUCUGGACCCAGGACAUGUUACUGCAGGUGGAUGAGAAAGCUGUUAGCUUGAUUGAUCUGGAAAGCAAAAAUGAGUUGGAACACUUUCCCUUUAACACAAUCCAGCAUUGUCAGUCUGUGAUGAAUGCCUGUAACUAUGACUCCAUUCUGGCACUCGUUUGCAAGGAAUCCGGCCAAGGCAAACCAGACAUUCACCUUUUCCAAUGUGAUGAAGUUAAGGCUGAACUGAUCCAUGCAGAUAUUGAAAGUGCAAUCAGUGACAGUAAAGGUAGUAAACAGAAGAAAAGGCCUGAUACUUUGAGAAUGAUUACAAAUGCAGAUAAUUCCUCCAUCCCGCCACCUCCAAGCGCCCCUGCUCCUGUUCCUCCAGGAACUAUUACACAGGUGGAUGUUAGGAGCCGAGUAGCAGCCUGGUCAGCUUGGGCUUUACCUGAACAAGGUGAAAAACAGAAGAUUAUUCAUGAACCCGAAGAAACUCCAGAUAUGGUAGCAGUCAGGAUCGACCGAGAUGUGCAAAUUUUGAACCACGUUUUGGAUGAUGUAGAAGCAUUUGUUAUUAAACUUCAGAAGGCCGCAGAAGCAUUUUCUCAGCUUUCACAACGGAAGAAAUCAAAGAAAAGCAAAAAGAAAGGACCAGGAGAGGGUGUUCUCACUCUCCGUGCAAAGCCACCUCCACAGGAUGAGUUCAUCGACUGUUUUCAGAAAUUCAAACAUGCAUUUAACCUCCUGGCCAAACUAAGAACCCACAUUCAGAACCCGAGUGCAAUUGACCUGGUGCACUUCUUGUUUACACCUUUGAACAUGGUCAUACAAACCAGUGGUGGGCCUGAAAUGGGUAGAUCUGUUCUCUCUCCUCUCUUGACAAAAGAUGCUAUAGAUUUUCUGAAUUCAUGUGUCACACCUGAAGAAAGGGAAAUUUGGUUUUCCUUGGAUGAAACAUGGACUAGACCCAGAUCUGAAUGGCCGAAAGAUCAGUUUAUUCCCCCUUACGUGCCCCACUUUAGAAAUGGAUGGGAGCCUCCUUUAUUGUCGUUUUUGGGCACACCAUGUGAGCAGGAACUGAAUAAUUUAGCUGAAUCGGUGGCAAAUGCAGAGCAUCAGCGAAAGCAAGAAGAACAAAGGAGGCUGAGUGAAGAGCAAGCCAUUUCACAGGACCAUCUUCCAGCUGACGGGUAUGCAUUCAGCAAUUCUAAUUAUAAGAGGCGAUCUCUUCUGCAACAAGGGACAGCUGAUUCUUCCUUUAAAAGAUGUAGUAGCCGACAUGUAGCUAGAAAUUAUGAAACUCAUGUUAAUGUGGAGCCUAAGAAAUUUGCCAAAUCAAAGUAUGAUUUUGUAGCAAGAAACAGCAAUGAGCUCUCUGUUAUGAAAGAUGAUCUGCUGGAGAUCAUUGACGACAAGAAGCAGUGGUGGAAAGUGAAAAACCAGAGUGGAAUGUCAGGGUAUGUGCCAAACAACAUUUUGGAUGUACUGAGAGACCCUCAUGAGCCUGGUGAAGGAAUGCCUGAAGGCCUUUACAGUCAGACCAUUCAGCUGUUGAUGCCAAAAAAGGAAUUUGAAUUGUUUAAGAAACAGAAGAUGGAUUACAUUGCAAGAUCUUCUAUUCCAAUACCACCUGCUCCUUCUCCCCCACCAGCACAUAUCUCAGCCUCCCCUACAGCCUCAUUUGCGGGUGGUGUAGUUAAAGGAUCUUCUAGGAAUAUCAGUCGUCAGAACAGUAGCAGUUCUAUCGAGAGCAGUGGUGCACAAAAGGAUGUUCAGAAGGAUGGACACACAUUACUCAACCGACGAAAAUCUCAUAUGGAAGAAGUGCAGGAUGAGCUGGCGCAUAGACUUACCAUUGGACGUAGUGGUGCACAGAAGAAAUUUCAAGUGUUACGAAGCAACAGUUCUACAGUUGGUAUUUCCUACGAUUCGUCCCCAGAAGAAGUAGCAGAAUGGUUACGAUCUAAGGGAUUUAAUGCUGUUACUGUGAAUAGUUUGGGAGUACUCUCAGGAGCACAACUCUUCUCCCUAAACAAGGAUGAGCUAAAGACUGUUUGUCCUGAAGAUGGUGUUCGGGUUUACAGUCAGGUUACAGUACAGAAGGCUACAUUGGAGGAUAAACGUGGGACCUCAGAAUUGGAAGAGAUUAUGAAGCGGAGGCAAGAAAAACUCAGUGCUGCUGGUUGUGACUCUGGAGUAGAAUCUUUUGACGAAGGAAAUAGUCAUUAGUGAAGUGUCAUUACCUUGAAACUUUUUGAUUUUAGGAAGCCACUGAGCGAUCAUCUGAGUUUUUAGAAAUUAUGCGCAGAAGGCACAAAUUGAUGGACCAGUGAAGGACGUCUCCCAAAAGGACAAGAUUUAAUGAACACAUUUUGCUGAGUUUUACUACUGUGGGGUAGAACAGAAUUAUGUAAAAAUAUCGUUGUGACUCCAUUAAAAUUAAGCAUAUCUUUUGCAAUCACAUGUUGAUUGUAAUCCUUGGUGAAUAUACUUUAAUAUUCUGCUCAGUUUAUUGUAAUGAGACUUAAUGCAGUAAACUUGGUUUGUCAUGUUCUGUAGUGGAAUGAUAAAAGGGAAUAGGAUUGAGUCAGUGUUGUCUUAGAUUUAAAUUCAGAUCUGUAAGAUUGUUUUGAUAAUGAGACAAAUAGAUGGGGCUCUUUCUGUGACUGGUAUUUAAUGUACAAAUGUCAUUGUGGAAGAUGCAAUUGAUCUAAUGAAGCAAUCUCUUUUUCAUAUUAAAUACACAAUUCUGGUCUUAAAACUUGACCAGAAAGUUGUACUUCAAAAGAUGACUACAACCCCACUGCCCUUGGCAUGGGACCUGUUGAUUUAGAAAUGUAUCACUGACAUCCCCCCCCACACCCCACUUCCUCCAUGUAAUGUCAUAUCUAUGUUACGUACAGACACUAAAAGAUUUCACAUGCAAAUAGUUUAUUUCACUGUUUGAACUUUAAAUAUUGUUAUCUUGCUGUAAUUUUAUGAAAACUUGUUGAACUGAAGAAUGUUGUACAUUUGAGAACUUAAAUCCAUUUGGAAGGAUUUGAUAUUGUAUUUAUAUAGUUUCAUGGUGCCUUUUUCCACAAAAUUCAGCUAUAAUUCUGAAAUAAAUAGUAUUUACUGCU